AUGAAAUCUGUGAAUAUUUUGAAAAUGCUUGAAGCUAAUAAAGAAAAUAGAAACUUUUAACUUGUUUAAAAUAGGUAAACAAGAGUUUAAUCUACUCUCUAUUUAAAAGAUGAGUUAUCUCAACAAAAUAUAAAACCAAGAGUAAUAAGAGUUUCAAAAUGGAAUAAGUAAUAAAAUAUAAGAGAAAAUGGAAAAAAAGAAGAUCAAAGACACAUUAGUUAUGAAAUGCCCAGAUAAAAAACCGACUAAUAUUAGCAUAUAUAAAGAACUUUAAAAAAUAGAAGUUUAACCAACAUUUAGAUUUCUAUCUUAAAUUAAGCCCAGAAUAGUAACAAUAAUAAUGCUUCAAUAUCAUUACCAAAUAGCAAUAAAUGUAAGGGUUAUUAUUUUAUUUGUAGAUCUAGUUACAAAAGGAAUAGAUAAAUUUUCAUCAACAGAAAAUUAUGGUAAUCCUUAAUUAGUUAAAAUUUACAAGCAAGAUAUUUAUAAUUAUCUUGAAGAACUGAAUCAAAAGUAAUAAUAAUAAUAAUAAAAUGCUAUCUCUUAUAAUGCAUUUUAUUAAUAAAGUUAAAUAAGUCUAAAAAUGAGAAAUGUUCUUAUUAAUUGGCUAUUUGAGGUUCAUCAUAAAUUAAAAUUACAAUUAGAGACAUUAUUAUUGACUGUAUGGUUAAUAGACAAGUAAGUAUUUACAAUAAUCAAGAUUUAUUGAAACUCAAUUGAUACAAAAAAAUAGAUUUUAAUUAUUUGGAAUGGCAUGUUUAUUCAUAGCAUCAAAAUAUCAAGAAGUUUAUGGUGUUCCAAAAAGUGGUCAACUAUCAAAAUUAUGUGAUGAGGUUUAUAGUAAAGAAGAUAUAUUGAAGGCUGAAGGUUAAAUAUUGUAAAAUUUAAAUUUUAAUUUAUCUUUUAUAUCACCACUUUAAAUAUUUGCACAUAUUGCAGAAGUUGAUGAUUAAAUUAGGUUGUUUAUAUAAAUUUAAUUAGUUGAUAUCUGA